AUGUAUGCACGGUCAGCGGCACAGUUGCGCAUAUUGAUUAACAGCCUGACAUUGCACUGCACUGGACUCUGGCCAGGUCUCACCUACCAAAGAAAGAUGGGGGAAAAAUCAGAAGCAGAAGAUAUGAACAUUGCUACAGUAUGCGCAACUAUAAAUACAGGUUUAGAACAGUUAGGCAACCAAGAAUGUGUUGAGAAAUUGGGUUCCAGGUCCCUUUCAAGAACCGUCAAGAAAUUCAGAGGACGAAUCAUAUUUGAGCUUCCUGCACAGGACAUUGAAAAGGCUACUCAACUAAGAUCUGUGGAUAACUUGUCGGUUGUUCUCAACCAUAUCAGUGAUGUAGAUUUACACCAAGAGAAGGAACAAGUUAUUGAUGACCUAUGUAAGAAAAUCAUUGAAAGCAAUUGGAAGUUAGCCUUGGACACCUGGAGAAAUUUCACAAAGUCUGAACUCUGCCUGGACCCUCUUCCUGGAAAACUACCCUCCGCAUCCUCCAAAUACUUAGAUGCCAAGACAGCACCAGAGGUUGGCAUCAAGGACAAGAAUGAUGACAGUCGUGGAGAAGUGCCUCCUAAGGAAUCAUCUUUGAGUGAAGUGCCUCUAGCUGAUACUCCAUCUGAAGCAGUAUCAUCAGGAGGAGUUCCUCAAGGAGAAUCGACAAGCUCUGCAAACCGUCCAACAUUCCGAGUGACUUGUACACGCACAGGAGAGAAACACAAAUUCAACUCUCGGGACAUUGCCCCAGCGGUGGGUAGUUUAAUCAAUGAGACCUUUGGAUGGCCUGUCAAGAUGAAGGACUAUGACAUUGAGGUGGUGGUCAAUAUCCAGGAGGACUCGACCAUGGUGUCCAUAAGCUUGACCAAGGAAUCCAUGCACAGAAGGAACAUUACUCACUUUGGUAUAACAACUCUCAAGUCAACCAUAGCAUACUGCAUGCUUCGAAUGGCUCAACCUCAACCAGGAGAAGUUAUCAUUGAUCCUAUGUGUGGUGUGGGUGGUAUCCCUCUUGAGGGUUUGCUAGAUUGGAAAUCUUGUCAUGUAGUCGCUGGAGAUAUGAAUGACGUGGCUGUAGAGAGAACAAAAGCUAACUUAGAUUCACUAUCCGAAAGAAGGAGAAGUAAUCGUAUAGAAAGACCUGAUAUUGAAAACGAUGUUCUACAGUGGGAUGUAACCAAUCUACCUCUAAAAUCUGCCUCAGUAGAUGUCUUUGUCACAGAUUUGCCAUUUGGAAAAAGGCUUGGUAGCAGAAGGAAUAACUGGUCUCUGUAUCAUAAAUGCCUGGAGGAGAUGGCCAGAGUUUGUCGGCCUGGUACUGGCCGUGCCGUGCUCUUAACGCAAGACAAGAAAUGUAUGGUUCAGACCCUGCAGCGGUGCCACCACAUAUGGCGCAAGAAACAUGUCUACUUCAUAAACCACGGAGGACUCAAGGCCUGCAUCUAUCUUCUCCAGAGGCCAAAUGUUAAACAACGUCGGAACAAGACAGACGGACAAGAUGGAGCAGUAGAUGUAGACGAAGGAAUGGAUGAGAGUACAGAGCAAGAUGAUGAAAUGCAAAGUUCUUAACUAAGGAGUCUGGCAACAAACAGAACAUCCACCGGCACAGCUUGCUCGAGUGAAGACAGCGACGAUGGUGAUGGGGUAGAUCACCCUGACGAUGGUGAUGGGGUAGAUCACCCUGACGAUAAGUUGGGUUUAAUAAAGUCAUUACAUAUAUUAGUCAGGCAUGAUGUUCUCCCUACUGAAUUCAGAAGUUAUAGUAGGUUUCAAAGUCAGCACUGCUGCUAUUGAAAAUUCGUUUUCUUACUAUGCAAGAGUUGCUAACCCCUCAAUCCUUGGCUAUUUUUCAGAGAAGAAUAUCGUGCCUGAUUCGUGGGAAAAAAUGUGAAAUAUGUAAAACAUUUUAUGACGUCAUAUGCGGGCAGCUUCCCCAUAUACCUUUCAAUUAUUGCUUAACACUAACUAGACCGGGCUUUUUGGCUGUUCUGGGGCUGGGGAGGGUUGAUUCAACCCCCAAUAUAUAUAAAUAAUGAGAUUUUAUAUGAAUUUAUGCAUAAAUCAUACUUUUUGCUCUAAUACACUAAAUAAAGCUCCUAGAUUUGGUGAAAAUAUUCUUUGUAGCAUUCAUCACAACCUCUUCUUUGAAUUUGAAAUAGAUGUUUGCUCGAUAUGGUCAUACAAAUGCAUCCCAUGAUAUUUCAAUUUUUUUGUGCUACAUUGGUAAAAUAAAAACACACACUUCAAUCAAGGUGCAUAGUACAUUUAUUCAAUUAAAUAUUAGCAUCACAUCAGUUCCUAAAAUACAUACAAUUUUGCUAGAUAAUUUAAUAGGCGUAACUACUUCAAAAUUUCAAGAGAUAUAUAAAGCAGUUUUCAUAUAGGCCUACAAUUAAUUGGAACACCUUAGGAAAUAAACUCAUGGUUCAGUUUAUAUACAUAGACCAGGCUUUUUUUUUUUACUGUUAAUCUACAAGGCUGUAUGGUAAAAUAAUAAUAUUUCAUAUGAAUUAUACUAUAUGCUCUAAUCCACUAAAUUUACUAAAAACUUUCUCAUCAGAUUUAUUGCACAACCUUUUUGAAGCGGAAUCGUGUACCCCAGCCUGUUAAGGGUUAAAACAUGUUCCGCAGUUUAUAACCUAUGCCCAGUCAUCCAUUAGCUAUAAUUUCAUACAUGGCAUGUUCAAAGUGGACGUAGCCUAUGACGUCAAUAAAAUGCCUAGGGUUGACUAAUGAUUCAAAGAUACUUUUAAUAAGCCAACUUCUCAAAUGAACUUAAAUAACACACAUUGCUUGUCCCAAGAAAUUUCUAAACAAAAUAAUUUUUCCUUAGGACCGACAUGUACUUGUUGUUCUGUGACAGACCGAAGGAGCCUGCACUAAGUGAGUUGUUGAGGGUAUCUCUGCUUACUCGCUCGGAAUGAAAGGAAGAACCAAAUUCUUUGGGAGCUGUUGAGAUGAAAAGGAUUGAUAUGUCAAUAAGAAGAUGAAUUUUGACGCCCACUACGCUGCCGGGAAAAUUUUCUUUUUACAACAAAACUACCAUCAUCUUUAAAAAAGUGUUUACAACAUCGAAAAACAACUGAGUGGCUCACAAAAAUACGAGACUUUGUUGCAUGCCCUAAAAUAGCAUUGCAUAUGAGAGUGACUGAUUUUAAUCCUAAUUAUUUCCUUUCAUGAAAUUCUACGUUAUUUGGAUUAAGUCAAUCCUCCCUAGUUUGAAACAAUUCCAUAAAUUGUAACCCCUGUAGAUGAGUACUUUGUGAGUUUGUUUUAUCUUCUGUUCAUGUUAAUAAACCAUAUGUUUUGCAACAUUCACUAUACUAGUCAACUCACCUGCUUGCAGAUGUCUUUCAAUGCUCUUAUCCAAUUCUAAUCGAACCUGAAAAUAGAUUAAAAUAGUAACAAGGGGCUGAACAAGUUGAUAUUUCAGGAUAGGUCUAGACAUCCAAUUUUGGUGCAUAUUUUAAGAUGUAAAGGUGUAAAAAUAGCUAUUGAUACAGGUAAGAGUAAACCUAAAAAUCUACAAUUCAUCGAUUACUAAUGUUUCUAUUCAGUGGUGUUACGGGUCUAAUAAUGCAUUAUGACAGGUUGAGAGACAUCCAGUAUGUCAUAAAAUCCAAGAUGGAGUCUAAAAUGGAUGCUUUUACUUACAAAUGAACAUAGCUGCCUGGGAUAUAUGAUUUUGGUGUCAGAACCAUUGUCUAAAGGAUCAAAGGACAGUCAGUGGUCCUGCAUGGCCAAAAAUCCAAAAUGGAGUCUUAAUUGACUGCUGUUACUGAAAAUGUACAUACUUCACCUGAGAGUUAUGUGGUGUGUAAACCAUGGUUUAUAGAGCCAAAUAAUAUAUUGACACCCUCUAAUUUGACAUUUAUUUUUUAUGAAUUUUUCAAAAGUGCCAUUUUAACACACAAGUCUAUGGGGAAUGUUUUACGCGCGUGACACCUCCAGUAUGUCCAAAAAUCCAAGAAUUGCGGUAUCAACGCUUAUUGGGGAAAACUGAUCCUAUGGUUUCAGGAGCAGGUAACAACAGGCAUUUUUCAAUAAUUUUACCCCCUUGGAUUUUUGCACAAAGCUGAACAUCCUUGUUACUUAUAUUUGCCAAUUCACUUCUCACAGGUGGAUAUGAAGUAUGACCGUUUUUAAGUAAAAAUAGCAAAAUAGACAAUUGCAUAUCAUUGUGAAGGGUCCCAAAGUAUAAUUUGACUCGUGAAACUAUAGACACCAAAAUACUAGUAAUAUCUCUCACGCAUCUUUGAUUUUUGGACAUACUGGACCACCGAGUGUCCUUUUAUCUUCUCGUGAUGUAUUAUUUGACCCUUGACACCACAAUGGAAACAGAAUUAAAGACUCUAACAUAAGCAAUAGAAUUGUGGAUUUUUUUUAGGCUUUGGCGGCCAAUUUAGACGCAUAUUGGUCUGCUUAUGAGGACUUUUAGUAUGUUAUUCUAGACAUUUUCCUUUCUUAAGCCUAUUUUGGACUAAGGGGAGGGGGAGGUACAUGAGGUCCAUUGACUGCAGGCACCUCGAGUAAAACCACUCGUGUUUUGCAGCGCGCAUGUUGUAUCUAUACGUAAUAAUCAAAGACCAAGCUCACAUUUUGCAUUGAAAUUCAUAAAUUUCAUAUGAAAAAGAAUCUGUUUGUAGUUGUGAUAUAAUGAAUAAUCUAUUCAACUCGGCUACACCUAGUUUAAUGGAUCAUUUCAACUUUCACCUCAUGAAAUAUUCUGCCCAUUACACUCCUAAACUCAUUCCAAUGGCAUGGAGUCAGAUUCACUGGCUUGACUAUGGCAUAAAUGAUAAUUGCUAAUAACCUUUUCUGUGAUGGGAUCCACACCAGUGACAGGGCUAGAUGCUCUCCCUCUGGGCGAUACCUUAGACGGUGUGAGGUCAAGACUGCUAGUUCUUGUAUGCUUUGGUUUUUGCCUUUCCAUGCUGGGGAGAGAAUCAGUUAAAAAUUGCAAGUAUUGCAUCAAAGUUUAUGAUAAAUUGAACAUUAUUCGUAAUCUGAUUUAACUACAUGGGUAGCAACAUGCAAUACAUAUCUGAUGGACUGCUACGAUUGAUGUUAUUGUGUAUGACUGCUACGAUGUCCAACUUUCUAUGAACAAAAUAAUCAUAAUGAUACAAAUCUUUCUUCAUGACAGUUUUGAGACAAGUGGCUGAAAUGUCAUGUGUUAAACCAGAUGAAUUUAGCUUUGAAAGUCCCCUUCCCAUUGCAAAAUAGUUAUAUAGAGACCAUGUAUGAAAUGAAAACAGGUAUCUUACGUCAUUCUUGAUGUGAGAUCAACCAGUCUGUCCUGAGUCCUUUCUAAGUCAGCUCCAAGCCUUUCUCUAGUCUCAACCUCUCGACGAUGAAGUUCCUGAUCAAA